CCGGAAGUGUGAUUGUUGUUGGCGAAACGGAGGCUAACAGGAGCUAACAGGAGCUAACAGGAGCUAACAGGGGUGAAAUGAGAGAUUAAAGAUGGCUGCUGACUCCAGGCUGACGCUGACGGAGAGGCGGCGUCCGGCUGAAGAAGACGUCUGUCCUCUGGAAUCUAAAUGUUUGAGGACGGACAGGAAGUCAGCGACGGCGCCCUCACCUCACACAGGAAGUUGCCCUGACGACAGAAAAACUGUUUCAGGUAUGGGAGGGGGGGUGGUGGUCACCAUAGAGACCAGUGAGUCCAGCGAGGAUGAACUGGGACGACUUGACAUCGACUUGGACAGGAAGUCCAAACAGCACAACCUGACGUCCAGCAACGUGCGCGCCAUCCUGCACGAGGUGAUUACCCAUGAGCGUGUGGUUGCCAUGAUGAAAGCUGCCAUCAGAGACACUCAGGACCUGCCCAUGUUUGAACCAAAGAUGACUCGGUCCAGACUGAAACAGGCCGUCCAGCAGGGACAGCCACUGACCUGGAGUCUGUCAGAAGUGAUCACAGACAAGCCUCCUCAGUUUGUUGACAUUGAUCUCGAGGAGGAUGAAGACUCGUCAGAUGAAGAGUAUUGUCCUGAUGAGGAAGAAGAGGAGGAGGAAGACACAGCUGAGGAGACCUUCCUCAGCGAUGCAGACAGCUUAGCUUCACCUCCCAGAAUGCAUCAGGGCUCUCAGCCCAAACUUUUGUCAGACCAGAGGACUGAAGAGCUCCUACAGGGAUCUCCAGGACACCAGGAGGAACAGGUGAUGGCCUCCACUUGUGCUCCUCAGCACCUCCUCACUGCUCCUGAGUCUUCCUUCCUGGAGAGACUGAACGCUGUGGAAGAGGAGCUGGACUGCAGCACUGCCUACAGCUUUAACCAGUCUCUGGACAGAAAGGCUGUUGUUGAUGAUGCUGCUGCUGCUGCUGCUGAUGCUGCUGAUGAUGAUGAUGAUGAUGAUGAUGGUGGUGGUGGUGGUGGUGGUGAUGAAGGCUCCAGCUGUUUGGCAUACCGCACGCGCUCCAAAGUCCGUCUGGUUAAUAUUCCUCUGGGUCAGCUGGAGGCGGAGCUUCUGGCCCCUGACAUCACAGCUGACAUGUACGAGCAGAGCGCUGCCCGGCGGAAGGGGGACCGUCAGUGGACGAAGUGGCUUCAGGGUCUCAUGGCCCCCGACAACGAAGAGGAAGCUGAUGAUGAUGACGAUCCAGAGUACAACUUCCUGGACGACCUGGAUGAACCUGACCUGGAGGACUACAGGACGGACCGGGCCGUCCAGAUCACCAAGAAGGAAGUGAACGAGCUGCUGGACGAGCUCUUUGAUAGGCUCCAGGACGAGGAGCAGGAGGAGGAACAGGAAGAGGAGGCCCCAUCACAGACUGGACCCAAAUUCAACGUCCCCCAGGCCUUACGUUUUGAAGCACCAUUAGCCAGCAUGUUAACAGAGCGACGGCGGACAGUCAGAAAACAGUACGAAGCUCUGCAGCAGAGGAGAGCCCUGCAGGACACGACCAAUCAUCACCGUGACAACAUCAACCUGAAGGACACUCCCAGCACACAACCCAACCCCAUCACUUCCUUCUUGGUGCUCCCAAGCCAGGUCUCCCCCGCCCUUCACCUGGACUACACCCAGAAACUGCAGCUCCAGCAGCAGAUACAGCAGCAUGUACAGCUGCUGACUCAGGUCCACCUGCUGGCUCGUCGUGUUGAGGCUCUGAACCAAGAAGCCUGUAUCACUAAACACUACCUGGAGGAGCUGCAGCAGUUUGCCCGCCGGCAGGAGGAGGUUUUUCUCCCCAGCAGUUUCAGAGUGUGUAACCUGCAGGGGGCUCUGGAUCUCUUGCAGGAGGUGGAGCAGAGAGCGGAAUCUCCUCCUGCUCUUCCUGCUCCUCCUGCAUCCAAACGCUGGCUCCCCAGGAUGACUCCUGCUACUAACAGCCAUGCCUUUCCUCAGCUGCCCGCCGACAUUGCCUGGCUGUUUGCCACUCGUCCCAUCUUCCUUUACCCAGAACUACUUCCUGUCUGCAACCUGGACCACACUCCACAUCACCGGAGUGUUUACACUGCAGGAGAGGACGGUUUGAUCAUCCUGGGUCUGAAGCACUUUGAGGGGGCGGUCCAGUCAGAUCAGCUGAUCAGCUCCUACCUGCUCUGUAAGAGUCGAUGGAACUUUAGGAAACACAUCAGAGAGAUGAGCGGACCGAGAGCGCCACACAACAAUGUCAUCAAGACGUUCCUGAUGCAGCGAGUUCUCCCCUCGCUGCCGCUCGCCUGCAGCAGAGUUCAGUCGGGGGAGCAUCAGCCCCCAGUGGACAGAAACACAUCCAACAUGCCAAACUGGCUCAAGAACAGUCAGCUGGUCAUCCAGAAGACCCGACUGAACUCCACAUGUUACCCCCCCUCCCUCCCACCAGGCUGCACCCUUAGGCUCCACCCCUACUGGCUUAACAAGUCCCGCCCCCGCCCACCCACCCACCGACGCCUCAUCACCUUGGCCCACAAUGCAUCAUUGCUGCCACUUGCCAAAGCCCCGGCAGACAGACAGGUGGAAUCAAUGUUAGACAGGCAGUCAGCGAGACAGGUCAAGAGACAGACAGAAAGACAGGUAAAGAGACAGGUAGACAUGCAGCCAAUCAGCUACCUGUCCCUCCCCCCUCCAAGUGUCAAGUUACUGUCUGACCCCCCCGUCUGUGGGGCCGUCCCAUUGGCUGCUCUUCAUUCACACCCCACCCACCAUGUCUGUGCUGACAUAAUUCAGCCCUGCCUUCCUAUUGGCCAGAGGACGCAGCAGAGCGUUUCUAGGCAACAAGACAGCAGCGCCGUCCCCCUUCUCCUCCCCCUGCCCACCCUGACCAACGCUGACUCUACAAAUCCCAUAAUGCCUUUCUCAGGUGGCACUGUGAAGCCGGGGUACUUCCUCCUCCAGAUGAUGUGGACUCCACCGGCUCCACCCACUGUCACCUACCAGCAUGCUCUUGGGCAACAGAUCCACAGUCCAAUCACAGAAGAGCAGGAAGAGAUGGAGAAGAUGUCCAAAAGGCUGCACCCCCCACUGGAAAAGGACAGACAUCAGGUGAAGGAAGAGACACAGGAAGAGAAGGAGAGUUCAGCUUCACCAUCAACACUAAGUCCUCUGUCGUCCUGUGCAGGAGAGGAGGACGAUGAGAAAGAAGAAGAGGAGGAGGAGGAGAACUGGACUGUUCUUGGUGUGGUCAGUUUGAAUGGAGGAGAAAACACUGCUGGAGAGGAGGAUGAGGAGAGAGAAGGCGGAGAUGCAGGAGGAGGUGGAGAGGAAGAAAGAGGUGAGGGAGGAGAGGGGGAACAGGGAGGAGAGGGGGAGGAGGAGGGACAGGGAGAUGAUGGACAGAGGGAUGAUGGGGGAGGAGAGAGGGAGGAGGAUGGAGAAAAGGAUAAAGAUGAAGAUCAGGACCGGCAGGGGGAGGAAGAGGAGGAGGAGGACUUUGAUGACCUCACACAAGAUGAAGACGAGGAGGAAGUGAUGUCAUCAGCAUCAGAGGAGUCUGUGCUGUCUGUUCCAGAGUUACAGGAAACCAUGAAGCAGCUGACGUGGCUGGCGGCGGAGCGGCGGCUCUGUGCAGACGGAGAUUCUGAGGAGGAUCACUCGCCGACCUCUCCUGGCUCUCAGGAAGAGGAGGAGGAGGAAGAGGAGGGGCCUAAAGGGGACGGGUCAGGAGAGGGGAGGAGCAAUAAGGAGGGAAGAGACGAGGAACUGCCAUCAGGAGAAGGGACGCCCAGAGGAGGAGGGAGGUGUCCUGGACGAGGACGAGGUCGGAGUCGACCUCUUCGCGGUCUAAGAAGGAGUCGUCAGGAGCGUCACAGUAAAGACGCUGCAAAACUGUUACUGCUAUAUGACGAGAACAUCCUCAACAACGACCCACACAGAGAGAGCAAAGAUGUGGCUUUCGCCCAGAGUUACCUCAGCAGAGUGCGUGAGGCGCUGCAGGACAUACCUGGACAGGUGGAGGACUUUGUGUCUCUGCUAAAUGAGUUUGAGCGGGCGGGAGAUGGACAGGAAGUGAUGUUGUUGUUCAGGAAGCUGCGCUGCAUCCUUGGAGAUCGGACAGACCUCCUUCGAGACUUUGCCGCAUUCCUGCACCCUGAGCAGGCGCUGCAAUGUGGACUGUUUGAGGAGCAGCAGGCGUUUGAACGCAGCCGGCGGUUCCUCCGACAGUUAGAGAUCAGUUUUGGAGACAAUCCGUCACAUUAUCAGAAGAUCAUCAAAGCUUUGCAGACCGGUCCAGACCUGAGUCCAACCAGCAUCCACGAGUUUGAUGUGUUUCAGCUGAAAGCUCAGAUGGCGACGCUGCUAAAAGGCCACACCCAUCUACAAGCUGAAUUCUGGGUAUUCUUUGAAGAGCUCCGCCCCCCUCCAGCCCGCCCAGGACAGUUCGAAGAAGCACAUUGGCCCGAGGAUGGAGGAGGCGGGUCGGACGGAGGAGAGGGCGUCGGCCAGGUGUCUGCAGGCGGAGCCACCAGCGGCUUUGAGGAAGUGACGCUCCCAGAGCUCGAAGAAGAAGAGGAGGGACAUAAGAUCCAACCAAUGACGAGCCGGCGCCAGAGGAGGAAGAUGGACGCUCACAGAAAAUACAAGGACUGUGAUUGGUCAGAUAAAGACUGGCCCUGCCUCUGCAUUGACGCAAAGAUCCGCAGACACAGGAGGAAAGGAUGCUCUCGCUGCCAUGGCAACAAGACCUCAGGGGGUGUGUCCAGAGCCAUGAAGAGUCUGGACCCUCUGUACUCUCAGAUAAGCUCCGCCCACGAUGAACCAGGUGACAAAGACCUGGACCUGAAGGGGGACUACGACAGUCCACUACCAGACCAUCGGAGCGGUGCAUCAUGGGAAGGCUCGUUCCCUCUGACUGACGACAAAGAGGAGGAGGAGCUAGAUGAGGAGGAGGAGGAGGAUGAAGAUGAAGAGGAGAGGAAGACCAGUGAGAAGGAGCAGAGCCCAUCUGUGAAAAGGAGCAGGAGAGAGGAGGCACUGCAACCCCCCACCACCUCUUGCACCACCUCCUCUCCCGCUAUUACCUCCUCAAACCCUCACACCUCUUUCACACUCUCCUAUACCUCUGUCUCCACCUCCUCAAUGACUUCCUCCAUCUUUACUUCAACCCCAGUAACCUCCUCUGUCUCCUCCUCUCCCUCUGUCUGUACUGCCUCCAUCACAUCUAUCACCUCCUCAUCUUCUUCCUCAAUCUGUCCGUCUGUCUGCACCUCCUCCUCUGCCUCUUCUACCCUCUCCUCCUCCUCUGCUCCUCUUCGGCCCAGUCCUCCUCCUGACCUCCCUGUCUGUGCCAAGAAUAUUUCUCUGACAGCGAGUGGAGAGAAAGUCAUCCUCUGGACCAGAGAAGCAGAUCGAGUCAUUUUGACAACGUGUCAGCAGGAAGGAGCCAAUCAGAACACAUUCCAGUCCAUCUCUACUCUGCUCGGCAACAAGACUCCCAGUGAGGUGUCUAACCGGUUUCGGGAUUUGAUGCGCUUGUUUCGGACGGCGGCUCGUCAGACCAGUUCUGAGGACGAGGCUCCGCCCACUGAGCCGACAGCAGCUAAUGAGGAAGAAGACUGAUAUUAACCAAUCAGGAGCGCUGCAGAUUAACCAUCUGGAGAGCCGCUGGUCGCAGCAGAAGAAAAUGUGUCUGAUAUUACCAGAACUUUUAUUGUGAAUGGGUGUGUGUUUACUGUACAUGCUAAAAUUGUAAAUAUGAAAAAUUCUGAUUAUUUAAUGUUUUUGUAAAAAUGUAAUUUUUUUUACAAUAAAACAUUUUUUUCCACACAUGAGAA